CGCUGGCAAAAUGACCUCCCCGGGGCUCAAUUGCUUUGAGUCACCAACAAGGCACUGCAGCUUCUCUCAUAGCAGCAUAGGUAUGAUACUACGCUCUGUCGGGUGAUUGGAGAAUUUACAUACCUAGCGACAACCCGAUUCAAAUCCCCGCUGCAUACUUAAGCGUUUCUUCUUUCGAGCCCUGAUAUUUCACUCAAUUUCUCGUGCUGCCCCCCUCCCUCAAACUGGACGGUCACAAACGUCCACCAGGUUCUGCACCGCCAGUUUCCCGAGCAGCUGUAUGCUCUUCCGCAGCCCGCUUCCUACUUUCGUAGCAUCGAUCUUUUUCGCAACCGUCAUGGAAGCCGACUCUAUAUCACAACCGGCACCCGCCGCAGGGGCCGCGACUCAGCAACUUCCCGUUCGAACGAGCUCUACCCCUAACACCCCGCAACGUGAGAAUGGGGCAACAUUCGACAUCGUUCGCACCUACCGCGAGCUGCUCAAUUCCGACCGCGACCUCACGAUGGGCGUUGCCGCAAUCGAGUCCCUAAUCGAGCUGCUCCGGGUAACGUCCUCGUCAACUGCGAUGGAACUAGUCGAGAUCGUUAAGAAAGAAAAGGCCAAGCUUCUUGCCUCGGUGCCGAAUCCCCUUCCGCUACUCGCCGGCGCCGACUUGUUCGAGCAAUACCUGCUGCGGUCGCUUAGAGGGCCCACCGCAACAGCGUCCGGCAGCGGCACCGACCGCGUGCUCAGCUUCGAAGAGACGCGCCAGCACCUGCUCGACAACAAGGACCUCUUUGCCCAGCGCGCCAAGGCCGACCGCGACAGCAUUGCCAUCUGGGGCAGCCGGUACGUGUCGGACGGGAAGGUCGUGCUCACGGCGGGGGGCAGCCGCACGGUGACCAAGAUCCUCCUCCGCGCCGCGGCCGACCCGAGCAAGCACUUCAAGGUCAUCUACGUUGUCGAUGGGCACAACAAGCGCAGCGACGUGGCCGUGGCGCAGCUCCGCGAGGCCGGACUCGAGGUCGAGACCAUCGCCCCCCACAAGGUCGCCUACGUGCUGGGCAACCAGAAGCAGAUCAACCUGGUCCUGGUCGGCACCGAGGUCGUGAUGCAGAACGGCGGCAUCAUCUCGGGCAUGGGCACCGCCCAGCUGGCCCACCUGACCAAGACGGUCAAGGGCGGCAUCAAGCGCUUCUACGUCGCCGCCGAGACCCACAAGAUCUGCCGCAAGACUCCGAUCGCCUACCCCAUGGUGAACCGCGUCGGCGUCAACCAGAAAGACAUUAGCAAGUUCGACAACAUCGGGGUCGACCUCGGCCCGGAAGCCGCCGGUAUGCUUGCCGAGCAGGACGAGGUCGACUACACAGACCCGGAACUCAUCGACGGCAUCAUCACCGAGCAAGGGGUAAAGAUGACGUCGCAGAUCUGGGAGAUGGUGGAUAAUUAUAUCUGAGGAAGGGGAGGGGAG